GUGGUAGUAAUGAGAAACACAUGCGCAUGCGCUCGAAUUACAUUAAGAUUAAAGUGCAAAAAUUGGCAAUUUUUAGUGAAAUAUUUGCUCAUUUUUCUCAAUUUUCUGCGAUUUAGCGAUAUUUCCGCGAGUGUAAUAAAAGAUCGGUAAUCUAGCACAAUUCAGGCGACAUGGCAUCAUCUUCGAUGGCUCAAAAAACCUGGGAAAUGGAAAAUAACAUCGAAUCUGUGCCAAGUGUUGACUCCAUAUUUCGUUAUAAUAGUAAACAACAGCAAGAAAUAUUGUCCGCCAAACCUUGGUGUAAAGACCCACAUUACUUCAAGAAUAUCAGAAUAUCUGCUUUGGCUUUGCUUAAAAUGGUCAUGCAUGCAAGAUCAGGAGGUAAUCUUGAGGUGAUGGGUUUGAUGCUUGGUAAAGUGGAUGGCAACACAAUGAUAGUGAUGGAUUCUUUUGCUCUUCCUGUUGAGGGAACUGAGACACGUGUGAACGCUCAAUCCCAAGCGUAUGAGUACAUGGCUGCUUAUAUCGAAUCUGCUAAAACAGUUGGUCGUCUUGAGAAUGCCAUUGGAUGGUACCAUAGUCACCCAGGAUAUGGUUGUUGGUUAUCUGGCAUUGAUGUUGGUACACAGAUGGUCAGUCAACAAUACCAGGAACCAUUUGUAGCUAUAGUGAUUGAUCCAACGAGAACUAUCUCAGCUGGUCGUGUUAAUUUGGGUGCUUUCCGGACAUAUCCAAAGGGUUACAAACCACCAGAUGAGGGUCCAUCCGAAUAUCAAACAAUUCCUUUGAACAAAAUUGAGGAUUUUGGAGUUCAUUGUAAACAAUAUUAUUCUUUGGAUGUGUCGUACUUCAAAUCAUCUUUAGAUAAACGCUUGCUUGACAUGCUAUGGAAUAAAUAUUGGGUUAACACAUUAUCAUCAAGCACACUGCUUACUAAUUCAAACUACACGACACAACAAAUCUCGGAUCUUUCUGAAAAACUAGAGCAAGCGGAAGGACAGGUUGGAAGAAUGGCAGGAUAUUUUCCUAGUGGUGACAUUGAGAAGAAAGAAGAGGGAAAAUUAUCAAAAGCCAGUAAAGAUAGUUCAAAGACAACAAUUGAAGGAAUUCAUGGCUUGAUGUCCCAAGUGAUAAAAAACACUUUGUUUAAUCAAGUUAAGUCUACAGCUGCAGUUUAAGCAGGGGGGAACUAGAAUGAUAAUUGGGGGGGGGGUAUUCAUAAGUGUACAGUUCUGCCUGGUGGAUUUCUUUUGUAACUACAGUACAAAAGCUUAGGAUAGAAAUCUGUUGGGCAGAACUGAAUAUGUGAAUAAUCCCCCCUCCCACUUAUAGUUCUAAUUGUGCCUCUGUUAGGAAAACAAGCACUGUCCAGGAAGUGUUUUUCAAAGUGUUAGACAGAUGAUAGGAUGUUAGUGUGGUUUACAGGAUUUACCAGGAAAUGUUUCUUUCAGUUGCCAUUUAAAGGUGACUGUAACAAUGAAACCACAACGCUUAAUUCUGUUUGCUACACAAAUAAAAGUUGAUCACUUUGAUGUUUGUACGCUCAUCAAGGUGAUGGUCCACUUGGAGUGUUGUUCAAAACCGUGGGUUCACGGAAAUCUACAAAGCAAAUAUUCUAACAGAGUAUAGACUCUCCCAGAGUUAUCUUCUGGUUUCAAAAUGGUUGCACUUUCACUGGUUGCACUUUCAAAGUGCAGAACGAAAUUAUGAAAAUACAUACACUAAAUAAGUGGGCUAAACUUUACUAUUCAGGGUUAAAACUCACCAGACUUAAUAGAAGACUCUGUAGAAUAUUUAUUAAAUAUUGUGGUAUCUCCUUUUGCCACACAAAUUCAA